GUACCAGGACAGUAUGCAGGCCCAGGAGAAGACAACUAUUCCACCGGAGAAGCCUACAUCUCCACCACCGCUGCCUUCGUCAUCUUCCUCAUCUCUGACUCCAUCGCCCUCUUCGUCUCCCUUGCAGUAGUCAUGGUCCAAACAUCACUCGUCGUCAUCGACCCAAAAGCAUUAAAAAUCAUGGUCUUCAUCGUCAACAAGCUCAUGUGGGCGUGUUGUAUAUCCAUUUCUGUAUCCUUUGUGUCACUUUCGUAUGUAGUCAUUGGACAGGAACACUGGUGGCUUUCGUGGUCGACUGUCGUCGUUGCGGCUUUGAUUCUUGUAGGGACUUUAGGGAUUAUGAUGUAUUGUGUUGUUAAGUAUAGAGUUCAGAGGAAGAGGAUCAAGAGGAGUAUAAAGAAAGCUGUGUCUGGAGUUGGGGAGUCAUUUGCUAGGUGCAGGUCUUUGGUGGCUGAGACUCUGCUGAAAGUGGAAUGCAAGAAGAAGGUUUAUGCCAUUUGA